AUGUCUGCAAAUCCCCACUGUCCUCUUCCGACUCCGUCGGUCCUUUUUGGACGCCACAGUCGGUUCAGCUCGGCGCUUCGGUUCGAUCGCAGCAGCCUGAACGGGACGAGCUCGGUGGCAAGCGACGGGAGCAGAAACCGGUUGUCUCUGGGGGCCUCUCAGCAGCAUGUCUUCAUGCACGUGAGUCUCCAGCGCAAGGGUCUGCGAGACUCGGACAUCCGCGACUUCGUCCAGUGGCUUUCCGCCUCGCUUCAGCAGCAACUCAGGCAGUUUCCCCCCGUGGGCCGCAGCGCGCCUCUCCUGCCUGGCGGCGCAGCGGGCGCAGGCCCGAAUGUCUCUUCCUCGGCGCCGGCGGUGUCGGGCGCGAAGCCCGCGACGGGCCUUUCAAAGGGUGAGCGAGGCGAGAAUGACGGGGCGGAGAGAGGCGGCGCGGAAGACGGCGCCGUGGAGCCGCUGUCGCCGUUCCUGUUCACCUGCUGUCUCGAUGUGUCUGAGAACUUCAUAACUGCCGACGGUUUGUCUCACCUUUUGGGUUUCUUCCAAGCCCACCCUUCUUCCUUUCGACUCGCGAAGCUGAAACUCUACAAAAAUCGUCUCGGGGAUGCAGGCGCGCGGGUCCUCGCCGCCUUCAUCCAGCCUGCUUCUCCGCUGCCUGCCUCGUCCUCGUCCGCCGCUUCCGGGGCUUUCGCGUCUUCGUCUGCCUCUCUUCGGACGAGCAAAAGCGUCGGUAACCCCCCCGCGGCGCGGGCGGGGAAACCGACUGCUCCGCCGCCAGCUUUGGAAGAGCUCCAUCUGUCCCACUGCGACAUCACAGCCAAGGGUUGUCUCUGCCUGCUGGAGGCCGUGGCCGCCGUGAUGGACGACAAAGGCCGGCACCUCUAUCCUCGCUACGAUCAAGUCCGCCGCUCCCUCGUCCCCCUCUGGCUGCGACUCGAGUACAACAACAUCCACGACCCUCUGGGCCUGCUGAAGCAGUGGUCCGCAAACCUCAAAGGCAAGCGGUCGCUGCCGUCUCCCGUCCCCGGCGCCGCGUCUUCCAGUAACGCCCCUCUCUCGUUCGCGUGCUUCGCAGAAAAAUUGCCUCUCUCUUCCGGCGGGGGCCGAGCAGGAGCUGGCGGCGCGAACGCGCUGUCUGCCGCCGUCGCAGACAGCUCCGGCGCCUACUUCCACUGCACGCCUGCGCGAUGCUGCCGAGCGACUUCCACCUGUGCUCCGAUCCUCCAUGUGUACAUGAUCACGCACCAAAGCAGCGGAGUCGCGGCGGCAACCCCCACGGCGAGUUCCUCCACGGUGUCUUCGCUCGGCACCGCGAUCGUCAGCAAUCUCUCUGAGGCAGGCUCGAGGAGACAAGGCGGAUCCACAGCGCCUGGCGCGCUUCCCGCCCUCAUCGGCGCCCAUCCAAAUUCUGCAGCCCUCUCUCGCCCGCCCGGUGCGGAGACCGCGACUGCCCAAGGGAGAAGGCGAUCCUUCGGCGCGGGCCCGGGCACUGCGUCUGCCGCCGCAAACAGUGCCGGCCAACCCGCCGGAGGCGCCUCGCAACAGCCCAGUCGGCGCGGGAGCAGCGGCGGAAAGAAACAGAGCCAGCAGGCGCGGGGCCGCGCGCGCAGCAGCAGCGGAGGCACCGACGCGAGAGCUGGAGCCUCAGGGACGGGGUCUGCCAAAGGCGCUGCCGGAGGCGACCAGGCAGAUGGAAAGGACGCAGGGGAGGCGUCUGGACGGCAACGCCCUGCAGCUGGGGGCGGGAGAGGAGACGAGGCCCGAGAGCGAGACCGGGCAGACGCCCAGUCGGGGGCGUGUGGCGGAAGGGACGGGGCCGCAGAAGAGAGACGCAGUGGCGAGAAGGUCGGAUCCCGCGAUCGCCGAGAUCUGCGGGGAUCGACGCAAGCGGGAGGCGAGAAGAGGAAUGGAGGUAGAGAGGAACCGACGGCGUUGGGAGACAAGACUGCGGCGGGAGACGCCGCAGGGCGAACUUCUCCGUCGGCCGGAGUCGAAAUUGACAAGGCGGAAGUGGGGCGUUGCUUGCCGCUGUACAUUUUUUUGGAUGCGUCUGCAGUGCUGCAGAUGGCAGAUCGGAAGGAAAACGAGAAGUCGGAGUCGGGAAGUUCUCUCUUUUUGUCGUUCAACUCCCUGAAGAUGCUCUGCAAAGAGCAACUCAUUGUUCACCGAGGACGCAGUUCGGUCUCGCCUUCGUCGGGCCGAACUCGCAACCCGUUGACGCGGUCGGAAGGGCUCUUCGCGGAUGCUCCCGAGAGCGACCUGACGCUGUUGCUGGUCGUGGACGCCGUCCAACAGGAGCUCUUGGGUUUGUCGCGAGGGAGUUUUCUCGGGUCCUCUGAGAACUUGUCGCUCGGCGAGCCGCGCGGGCGACGGGGAAUCGACGCCCUGGAGCAGCUUCACACCCUCGCGACGGACUUCUGUCUCGUAGAAUACGUCGGCUGCGUGCAGCAACCUCAGCCGGCGCCUGCGUGGGCGCGGCCGGAAGAUCAAAGUCGCCAAACCAGCGACGGGCGGAGAGAAGACGGACGAAACGUUUCGGGAGGCCGGAACUCCGACCGGGGGGACGGCAAAGGCAAACAUGCAAACAGCCGCAAGGGAAACAACCGGGAGAGUGAGAAUAUGGAGUUUCUGUUGGAAGACGACGACCGAGAAGAAGGCAACGAUUUUGCGUGCCUGACGUCCGAGGAAGUCGCGGUGGGGCAGCGGGAUGCGAACCUUUCUGUCCACACGCUGAAAACGAUCGACUACGCCCUUCUCUGGAAAGCGCAUCUUGAGGAAGUGUCUCUGCAUGCGGACCCGGACCGCGACACAUCCGACCUCAUGUUUUUCAUCACUGCCAAUCCUGCCGUUGAUGCGUUUAUUCGCCAGAUUGCGCCGCUUACAAUGUCGAGAGGCCCUGGCAGGCAGCGAGACGCGUCCCCCCGUGCCAAGGGACCAGACGGCAGCACUGCACGAGCGUUUCUCCCGUGUCUUCUUCUUCAAGAGUUCAGUCUUGCUGUCGCGCGGCAUAUUGAGACUCGCAACGUCUCUGUGGAGAGGACUGGGCAAAGCCUGAACGAAGACGGCAGCGCGAGUUGGCGACCACCGCCUUUGACCGCGGCAGACUUCCGACUGGCUGGGGCCUCGCUCCUUCGAAAGGAACAGGACAGCAGACGCGGAUAUCUCCCCGCGGCGGGCUCCUCGCGCCUGUCUGCGGAGGCCUUCUUGGGCCCGGGGACCUCGGGGGCCGGGACAGGGCCCAACGAGGUUGACCUCGCACGCGAGCGUGCAUUUGUCGGUUUCCCGUCUCUGGCGGAUCGAGCAAGAGAGCGGAGAAGCAGCAGCAUCGGACGCCAGGGCGGCGGUUUGCCGGAGGGCGCUGCGCAUCGCCGAGCCUCUGGGGACGAGCGACACCACGGAUCUUCGCCGAAGCUCGGCGGCUUCGGCUCUUUGGAGACCGCCUCUGCGCUCGGGCUCCUGCCUCACGAGCGAGAUGGGGAGUACCCCACGUUUCUGCCUCCCCUCAUUGGCACGGGCUUCACAAAUGAGGCGUUUCUGCGGGAAAGCAGCGGCAGCCGAGACCAGCUGCUCGCAGACUCGGUUUUUGGAAGUCCUCUCUCGGGCCCAGGCUCUUCUAACUCGGCCAGUCGCGCGUGCGACUCGCUUCGAGGACGCGGCAGUUCGUCGCUCACCCACCCGCCAGCCCUGGCGGCUCUUCUCUGCAGUGCCGGAGGCCGGAACGCGGCAGGCUCCGGAGGCGCGAUGGGCGAGCGUGGGUCGGCGGUGGAUUCAGUCCCGUUGGCGCCGGCGCUCGCGGGGUCUCGACACGGUCUGUGCAGCAAAGUCAUGACCGUCGCCGAGCUGGAAGAAAUGCAACUCAAGAUGAGGCGCCAGCAAGCAGAGGCGGAAGCCGCGAGCUUGGAACGUUUUGUGGGGCCGGGUCCGCGCGGUCUCGGCGGAGUGGAAGAAAAUGGCCGCAACGCGGGCCAGGGAGGAGGCGAGGCCAGUGAGAGAUCUCCCUUUCUGCUCGCUUCUGGAGGAAACGCGGCGUCGGAUGACAACGCGGGAGACCUUUUCGGCGUCGGUCCCCACGCUCUGGGACAGCACGGAAGGCCGGCGGGCCCGCUGGCGGAUGCAGCCGCGCGCGGGGUGCCUUUCGACGCGGGCGAGGCAGCUAGCUCGCUUGCAGCGGCGAUGCUGCCUUUGCUUCAGCGAAACUCAAGACUCGGUGGCGCCGGCGACCGCGGGCUUGGCGAAGACGGCAAUCCCGCGGAGGAAGACUUCCUGCUGAGGCGGUGUGGAAGCAGCAGAGAGAAGCUCCUGCAGUCGCACGGCUCGGGCUCGCACUCCUCAGAAGUCGUGGGACACGGCAGAGACGCCGGCUGCCGCGGGGUCGAGGGACCAGGUCUCUCAGAAGUGGAAAUCAAGUGCGAAUUGAUUGACGCAAUUGCCAUCGUGCAGGAGCUCUCGAGCCGCGUGCGGCUCUUGUGGGAGAACAACGUGAACCAGGGAGGCAACGCCCAUGGCGGCAGGAGCGCGGCGGGAGAUGCGCUGAUGAAAGAAGAUCUUCUUCGCCGCGCGCAGGACUGUGUGACGCGAUGGCGUCAGCUUCUGCUGGUGGCGAGUAAACAGCAGGUGGAGGAACGUGAGCAUAUGGCCGUCGGGCGAGGCAACGAACACCUCGCCUUGCCCGCGGAGUGGCAGGGCUCUGUGCCUGCCUCGCAAGCGCAUGCAGGCCUGAGCGGAGCGACGGGACCGAGUUCCGGGCGAGGCGAGAGGUCGCUGUCCGAAGGCAGCCAAUCGGGCUUGGCCGGGGAGACAGGCGUCUCCUCGGGGAGUGGACCAGCAGUUGUGCUUCCGCCCCUGCAAAUGCAGCAGGCGCGUCCCCGGGGCGCGCCGUCUCUCCCGCCCCCUCGGUGUUGGGUCUCGCCCGCUGAAAGUGGAGACCAAAGCAGUCCGCCUCUGCAUCACCCGUGGCGGCCACAGCCUGAACUGUCCGGACCCCCGUCCCUCUUCAGUCAACAGGCUGCGCAUGCGUGGGGAAGUGGAGAAGGGGUGAGUGUCCGAGGAAGUGGAGGCGCGUCAGGCAGAGGACAUGGGUCGCAGGAAGAUCCGCGAGGAAUGCUCGGCCUCCAUCCGUCUCUGCAGUGGCGGCCAGAGGCCGACAGAGACUGUGGCCCAGAUGGCUUUGGAACAGACGAGGACGCCGCGCUUCAACCCGGAGCGCUUCCCUCGCCAGUGCCCCGGUCUCUGCUGCCUCUUCAGCGUCACGGGGCGGGUCUUCAGGGGAUUCUUCCUCCCGGAGUCGUCGGGGGCGCUGGACCUAACAGCGGGACACCUGGCGGCUGUCCAACGGGUCCAGCUGCGGGAGCGCCCAGGGCCCUGUGA